AGCGCCAGGAAGGAUAAAACAAAACAACAAAAGUAGACUUCAACUCGAUUGGAAACACUUUUCAUUGGUGACACACAUUUCGGAAGUCUCCCAGCAAGAUGUGCGACUGUGGCUGCUACUCGUAUUGCUCGCAUGAUCUCUCCUGCUACUCGCAUUCGCAUUAUCAUUCGCAUUCGCAUCACUGCUGUGCCGGAUACAAGUAUCUGAAGUGCCUGUGUCGCUAUUAUCGCCAUGUGCACUGCACCUGCUCCUGUUGGCGACGAAAAUGUUAUCUGCUCUAAGGAGUCAGCGAUGGAGUCACAAGAGAGAUAAACAAUGGAGACAGAGAGGAGUGGAAAAGAAAAGAAGAGGAGGAUGACAGCACCAUUAAAAUCACAACUCAAACAAUGCAAAUCAGCAAAAGCAAAAAGCAAAUGCAAAAUGAUAAAGUCCUUUAAGUAGUUGCAUAACACUUGGCUGCAUCGUUUUGUUUUGGAAGGAUGGAUGGAUGUGUUUUUUCUGUGUUGGGUGCGAUUGCGACGAUAGCAACUAGCGUGCAUACGGGUCGUAUGUGCAACGUUUUCAGUUGACUGGGUGAUUGUGUGAGUAUGUGUGCGAAUGUCAAUAAAAGAAGAAGAAGAAGAAGUUGAAGUAGAAGAAGCGAUGUGGCCAACUUGUUAUGAAUCUGCGACUGCAAAUUUGGUGCAGAAUUCUCUCGUUAAAUCAUUUUAACUUAAAACUCACCAUGUAUAAUCCAACAUACUCGUCUACCUAACUAUAAACUAUAUUAUAUAUAGAUAACAACACACACACACACACUCUAACAACACACAUAAAUACACAUCACUGUUUAACAUAAGUUGAAAACACACACGAUAAAUGUUAGUUAUAGUUAUCGAUUCGAAUGUUCAAUCUUCUCAUAUUCGAUGACGAAAUUUUUGCCAUAUUUGUAACGGUUUGAAACAUUAACAACAACAACUCCAAUAAAUAAAGUUUUAAUCCAACACCAACA